AUGAUCAUUGAUCCUAUGAGAAAAACACAUAGCAACGGAUUUACUUUAAAUCGAAGAAAAUAAAUAAAUGGAAAAAAACUAGAAAAUGGUACCCAAUAAGAGGAUAUUGUCUUAAAUGAAGGAGAAAAAUAAGUAAAUUCAAAUCCUAUCCCAAAAUUUAAAUAUCAGUUGACCAAAUAAGUUGCCAAUGACAAAGUAGAAAUAGUAGAGGCAUAAGAUACAUAACCAGGAUAUGAAAUGAUUGCAAGAAUAACAAAAGAGAAUUCAUUUGAUUUAGCCUAUAAAGCUAAGUUAAUUGAUUUCAUUGAGAAAUUUUAUCUUAAUGGUUAUUUCUAAUUAUGUCUUUAUUUUCCUCAUAGAUUGGGAGAAAAAUAAAAAAAUGAAUUAGAAUAUAAAUAUAAAGAUCUAUAACUUUCGAUUAAAGAAACAUAGUUUGAGAAAGCAGAUUAUUUGUUUUAUAAAUAGAUUUAUUAAUUCAAAGGUUAGGAAAAGUUUGGAAUCACUCCUGCUUUAUAGAUGCUUAUAUUUGAUUAAGUCAUAUUGAAGGACAUGGCUGAUGAAGCAUAAUAAUCUGGAUUUGAUUUUGUAUGUAAUUUUAACAAAUUAUAAUGCUCCAUCCCACCUCCUACUAACACAAUACAAGGUGUCAUGGAUAACAUAUAGUAUUUUGUGAAUAAUAUAUAAAAAAAAUUAGAUGAAUAUUAUAUACUUAAUAUUGAAACUCAAACAAAAUAGGAAUCUAACAUAAUCUAUAAUUUGGUGAAAUAAUAUCAAUCAAAGUUUACAGAUAUUUUAGGUACAAAUUUUGACCCUGUCAUCAUUAAUCUCAAAGAAUUAAAAGAUGGAAAUGGAACAAAAUACCCUGAUGAUUUUAUUUCUUAAAUCAAAUAAACAUUAAAAUAUGACAAAUUCUAUUUAGUUAUAGAAAAAAAGGAUAAAGACUUAAGUUUAUUUCAAUAAGAAUUCAUAAAACUUAUCUAUAAAAAUAAUUUUGUUUAAUAUGAUUCUAAGGAAAUAUCUAUUCAAUUUAGUGAAUGUUUAGAAACUGAAAUUCUUGCUUAAUAAUUGGAAGAUUUGUAAGAAAAGUUUAAGAAUAUAAGUAUCACAGCAUCACAACCAAAGUAAAUUAAGUAGAAUUAAUUUGAAAUUAAAUUUAGUUUUGAAACCUGGCUAAGUAAUAAGGAAAAAACUUAUAAUGUUGAGGAACUCUAUGCCAAAAUACAUACCUUAUUAUAUUAAAUUUAUAAUCCUUAUGUUCAAAUCAACAUAGAAGAAUCAAAAAUAUGUAUUUGGUAGCAAUAUUUGAAAGGAGAAAUUAAUAAAUCAUUGAAUGAAUAUAUAGAAGAAGAGGAUAAGAGGAUGAAAAAGAAUGACAAUCAAAAUGUUUUUAUUGUAAAAAUAUCCACAAAAUUUACAAAAUUUAAAGAAGAAAUACAAAAAAUUAAAUAGUAGUUGGACGAAUUGUCUAUAGAAACUAUCGAAAUAUAGAAUGACAAUAUCUAACUACAAAGUUUAAUUUAUUAAAUUGAUUUAAAAAAAAUUUUAAAUAAUUUCCAAUAACAAGAAAAGGAAAAAAUAGCAUAAAUUAAUUACUUAGGGGGAGGAGGGGGGGGGGGUCAGUAAUGGAAAUAUUAAUUUGCAGUCAUUUAUUAUAAUAAAUACACAGUAAAUUCUAUUUAAAAUUAAAUAAAAAAUAACUUCAUUAAUGACCUAAAAUACAUUACUAUUUAAACUCCUUUCAUCUAAAUUAUGAAACAUCUUCAUUUAGAAAUUCCAAGGUUGAUUUUGGAAAAAGAUAUUAUUCCUAUAAUCCCACAAGAAAAUAAAUAAUAAGUCAUUCUUGUAGGAAGAAGCCUAGAUUUAGAGCAAGUUCAAAACAUUAAUGAAGAAAUGAAGGAAUUAUUUGAGAAAUAUAAAAUGGAAAUAAGACUUACUAUCAAUUAAAAAUCUCUUGCAGAUCAAAUAAAAUAGAAGUUACAAGAGCAGUAAUUUUGUACAUCAAUUUACGAUCCAAAAAAGUAUAUGUUAAAAAUCGAAAUUUAUAAGCAAGACUUCCAGAAUAUCAUUAAAAGCUUAAAAGAAUUAGAAAAAUCUUAUGAGAUUUGGAAGGUAUAUCAUUUUGAUUCUAAUUAAAUCGAACCCAAAUCUAUAAAAGAGAUAGAGAAAAAAGAAUAAGUUAUUAUUGAUGUUAAAAAUAUAUCUAUCAUUGAUCCUAUUUCUGCUGAAGGGUUUCUUAUAAAUACAGUAAAUACUGCAAAAAUAAAAUUCAUUUAAGGAAAUAUCUCAUAAAUUUAAUGUUAAGCAAUUGUUCUAGAAUUUGUGAAAAAUGUUGACUUUAGUAAAGAGAUAAUUUAAAACGAUUAAGUUAAAACUCUAAUAAACUUCAUCGAAGGAGAAAAUGAUAAAGAUACGCUAUUUUUAUAAUGGAGAUAUUUAAGUAAAGCAAAAGAUCUAGAAGAUGUUACUUAUAUAGAAUUCCAUCAUCAAAAGCAUUUAAAAUACUUAAUUCAAGUAUACCCAAAAUUUUAUAGAAAAGCUGCAAAUUUAGAAAAUUAUUAAUGCCAUGUUUACUCUUUGAUCGCAUAAGUUUUUGAAACAUGCAAAUUUUUGAAUAUAACAUAAAUUGCAUUUCCGCUCAUUGGAUCUGGUGUAUUCGGAAACGAUGUGAAGCAAACAUAAGAAGUUUUAAUUUAGGGAAUUAUAUCCUAACUCUCAUUAUAAAAUUGCAUCUCUUAGGUAUUUGUAGUGAUAUAGAAUGAAUCAGAUUACAAAUAAGUAUAAGAAUAUUGUAAAAGCGGUUAAUUUUCGAAGAAGACUACCAAGCUUGAUUUUUUUCGAGAAACUAUGAGUAGUUCAAAGAAUUCAUGUUGCUAAAUUGAAAUGGAUGGUGAUUUCAUGGAUAUUGAAGGUUCUGAUGCUAAUGAACUCAUUUUUAAUUCACAUUAACAACUAAAUCAGGGAGAAGAAAUUGAUAAUUUUAAUGUUACUUACCCUUACUCAAAAUGUCCCUUCACUCAUUCAAUUGAUUUGAAAAAUAAUAAAAUGAUAGACAUAACUACUAAAUUGUAAUAGACAAUUUAGUUUAUAGAUUUGUUUAAACAAAGAAUAUACUUCAUUGAUUUUAAAUAAGUCUCAAAGAGUUUAAAUCAAUAUUUAAUAAUAAAGCAUGAAUUAUGCAAAUAGAAUGAAUUUGAAAUAUAUUAUACUUAAGACUAAGUGAUAAUUAAGAAUAAAGAACUUUACAUCAAAACCAAUGGUUUUAAUGAUUUAAAAAAAGUCAUUAUUACAUAAAGGCCAUCUUCAUCAAGAUAAACAAAUAGAUAAUCUUCUUAAUAUUUUUAACUAACAGAAUCUCCAGCUUUUUAACCGCUGAAAAACGACCCUAAAUUACAAAAGUUGUAAAUAGAGAUACUAUCUGAUAAUGAGUAAAAAAUUUUGAGAGCAUAUCAUUUAUUAAAAUAGGCUUUUAUACGAAGGACAUGA